AUGUCUGUUAAUAAUUGCACUGCCGUGACUGAAUUCAUUAUUUUGGGCUUAACAGAUGAUCCAAUUCUUCGUGUCAUACUCUUUGUGAUAUUUCUAGGUGUCUACAUUGUCACCUUAGUUGGUAAUCUUAGUAUAAUCAUAUUGAUCAGAAAGAGCUCCCAACUUCACACUCCAAUGUAUCUUUUCCUUAGUCACUUGGCUUUUGUGGAUUCUGCAUAUUCCUCAACUGUUACACCUGUUAUGCUCAAGAACUUCCUUGUGGACAAAACCAUAAUCCCUUUGGAAGGUUGUAUGUCCCAGGUGUUCUUUGGAGCUACCUUUGGGACAGCUGAAUACUUUCUAUUGGCUGUGAUGGCCUAUGAUCGGUAUAUGGCCAUCUGUAACCCUCUACUCUACUCCAUCAACAUGUCUCCUAAGGUCUGUAUUCUGUUACUCAUCAUAUCAUACCUGGGUAGUUGUAUAAAUAGCUGGGCCUUCACUGGUUGCUUAUUGAAUCGUUCCUUCUGUGGACCUAAUAUGAUUAAUCAUUUUCUCUGUGAUUAUUCACCACUUUUGAAGCUUUCCUACUCAGAAGAUAAUCUUGCUGACAUUCUUCCUUCUGCUUCUGCUGGAUCAGUAAUGGUGAUCACAGUGCUAACAAUCAUAAUCUCUUAUGUAUACAUCCUUUUCUCCGUCCUAAAGAUAAGUUCCACUGAGGGAAGAUCUAAAGCUUUCUCAACUUGCACCUCCCACCUUACAGCAGUCACUCUUUUUUAUGGGACCACUACAUUCAUUUAUGUGAUGCCUAAGUCCAGCUACUCAACAGAGCAGAAUAAAGUGGUGUCUGUUUUUUACAGUGUAAUGAUCCCCAUGUUGAACCCCUUGAUCUACAGUCUUAGGAACAAUGAAGUUAAAGGAGCACUGAGAAAACUGAUAAAUAAAAAGUAUCCUUUUUCAUGA